UUCCAAACAACCCUGACGUUAUUUAGUAAAGAAAGGUAUGUAAUGGAGACAACUUUUUCAGGGAGGACAGAUAUUAAUUAUUAACUGCUAGGUCAUCAGGGGCAGCAGAAACACAUAUUUUUAAUGAAAUAAUGAUCGCCCUAUUCAAUUUGGUACUGUUUAGUGGUGUAGCAAAACGGAAGGAUUUAGUUUGAAGAUGACCACCGGAAGUUGUGGUGUUAGAUUGUUGCUCACUUGACGUAACGCGCACUACAAUAACAACUUUCCCAAAGCGCGCAAGAGUGUUGAGCUGAGACUUCACGCUGCAGCCACCUCCGAGCAAACAAAUAUAUAUAUAAAUAUAUAUUCAUCUAUAUAUUUAUAUAUUUAUAAAUAAAACACAGACAUUAGAAGAUAUUUGAGGGCUAAUGCACUGGGUCGCGGAUUCUGCGGACUUGUAUUUACUUUGACGGUAACAAUUGUGAAGAACAUCCCGCUCCCUCGGACUGUUUGGUGGCGGAUUUAACGACACGAUGUGGGGGAUCCAGCGGACGCGCUAUGGAGACUGCAACGCCUCGGAAGCCAGCGAGGAGACGGAGAUUGUUGUCAACAUCGGCGGCGUGAAACAGGUGCUGUUCGGGGACGCGCUGAGUCGCUACCCGGACACGCGCCUGGCGGAACUCAUCGACUGUUCGCUUAAGUCUUCCGAAGAAAUAUCCGUAUUUUGCGACGACUACGACUCUGACACGGGAGAGUUCUACUUUGACAGAGACCCCGAAGCAUUUAAAUGUAUCAUCGAGCUGUAUUAUUAUGGAGAGAUUCACAUGAAACGCGGCAUCUGUCCGAUUUGUUUCAUGAAGGAGAUGGAGUUCUGGAAGAUCGACCCGGAUUUUCUGGACGACUGUUGUAAAUGUCAACUGAAGGAGGUGGAGGAUGAACUGGCGGAGAUCGCAGAGAAAGUAAGAACUAUCCUGGUGGACCGAGAUGGAGAUCCUUCAGCGGCAGGCUGGCAGCGCUUCCAGAUGUGCCUCUGGAGGCUAAUGGAGAAGCCGGAGUCCUCGCUACCUGCGCACAUCAUCGCCAUAGUUUCCUUCAUUUUUAUCCUGGUCUCCUCCGUGGUGAUGUGUGUCGGGACCAUCCCCGACCUGCAGGUCGAGGACUCGGAAGGCAACCUCACAGAGAACCCAACUCUGGAGGUCAUCGAGACGGUGUGCAUCGGCUGGUUUACUAUUGAAUACAUCUUGCGUUUAAUCUCCUCCCCAAAUAAAAGGAAAUUUAUUCUGGCUUUUAUGAACAUCAUUGACUUCAUGGCAAUCAUGCCCUUCUUCGUGGUGCUGAUUCUGACCUCUUUCGGCACAGGGGUGAUGGAGCUGGCUAACGUGCAGCAGGCGGUGCAGGCUUUACGCAUAAUGCGCAUUGCGCGCAUUUUCAAACUGGCUCGCCAUUCCUCCGGACUACAGACCCUCACAUCCGCCCUGAAGAGCAGCUUCAAAGAGCUCGGACUGCUCCUCAUGUAUAUGGGCGUGGGGGUCUUCCUUUUCUCCGCACUGGGCUACACAAUGGAGCAGAGCCACCCGGAAACCUUGUUCACCAGCAUCCCACAGUCGUUCUGGUGGGCGGUGAUCACCAUGACCACGGUGGGCUACGGAGACGUCUACCCAAAGACCACUCUGGGUCGAUGCAACGCGGCCAUCAGCUUCCUGUGCGGAGUGAUCGCCAUAGCGCUGCCCAUACACCCCAUCAUCAACAAUUUCGUGUUGGUCUACAACAAGCAACAGGUGCUGGAGACUGCUGCCAAGCAUGAGAUUGAACUGAUGGCGCUGCGCUCCGGCGAAGGCGAGCUGGAGGCUGCGCGCGGCGCCCACGGGCACGUUUGCGUCGCAGGGGUCUGGGACAACGGCGCGCGCUCCUGUCACGGCGACACCUACACCCCCUUACUGAAGGAUCCCAGAGGAGGAUCUGGAAUCCGGCCCCCCAGCACGGAGACGAGCUUCGAAAGCACAGCCGAGUCCACCGAAUAUUUCAUCUCACCUGAAAACACUCUGAGAAAAAGCGACGUGAAACAACUGAACAGCAACCGAAUCAGUAAUUGUUGACUUCAUCAAACUUGAAACCCGCACGACGCGGGCUUACUGAUACCAUCAUGCCUGGGGACAACAUUGUAAAUAGCCGAGGACUGUUAGUGGGGGGGGACGCGCCUGCGAACAUGUGUGAGAUGCUGACUUGAUGAGCUGCGCCUUGGCGCAGUGACUCCCUGUAGGGCUGAGGGAUUCUGUUUGAACAGCAAGUAGGCUUCUUAUAUAACAAACCCCAUCCACACUCGUACUUUAGACGGCACUAGCUUAUAUCUCUCUGUACAGAUAUAUAAAUAAUAUAUAUCCCAAUGAAUGUUUAAAGAAAAAAAGAAAAAAUAUUGUCUGCUCCUCCAAGAGACGCUGGGUGAUGAUGACUAAUGGAGGGAUAGUAAAAGCAACAUAUUGCCAAUGCGGCGCAUGGUUAUCUGACACUAUGAAUGCGAAGCCCUAUAUAAGUCAUGUGCAGAAGUGGUGAAAGCGGUGGACGUGUCAGUGGGCUGCAGCUUGGGGCCAUGUUAGAAGCUCAGGAGCACCCUGCUGCAGGACCUUUUUGCAGCAGCAGCAGCCAUUACCAACCCGUUUGUUCCCGAGGUCGAUACUGAUGGCUACAUUAUUUAAACAGACAUGGAGGAAAAGAAGGAUUUCUUUUGAAAAUAUAUACAAACGUAUCUAUAGUCGGGACGUUCUUUCAUUCAUUUGUCAUAUAGAGCCAAAUGAGAGCAGCGAGCGGGUCACCAACAGGAAAAGGCUGUGGGGGUUUCAUUGUGUCUGCCUGUAAAUGCCUCUAUGUGUUUAGUGCGUUACAGCUCUCAUUUUGGUGAAACUUGAAAGGACUACAUUUCACAGCGUGUCCAUGUUUUAGAAACGCAUUCUGUAUCGGGUUAAUGGAAACUGUAUUAAAAGGUUCAAGUUUCACAUUUAAACAGUCUGCUCCAUACACCGUUAGUUUGAGCGACACGAGGAACUUUCCACACAAAUAGAACAAUCCUUCCAUUAGUUGUCACAGUGACGGAUCUAUUCUAGGUUUGAAAUAAAUGCUGCGGAUGUCAACGGUUUGAACUUGUUGCAGCCUGGGGGGGGAUUGAUAUUUACGGGCACCUGUUGCCCAUCUUAUUUUGUGAAAUUUCAUUAAAUGAUCUUAAUAUCUUG